CCCGCCGGCUGCUUUAGCCUAGAGGCAGAACAUGGCGGAGGCAGGAAAGGAGCACGCGGGCCUUGGGCUCCCAGGAGGAGGCGCAGCACAGUGGCCUCUGCAGCGGUAUGGCCGCUUCAUGCCCUUGGGCACCGGAGAGUCACCUGGGCCUGGCCUGGAAUCUGGGACAUCCUCUUCCCCCACGUGGAAGGUUUUUGACUCCAAUGAAGAAUCUGGGCAUCUUGUUCUCACCAUAGUUAUAUCAGGUCAUUUCUUCAUUUCCCAAGGACAGACACUACUGGAAGGGUUUUCACUCGUUGGUAGCAAGAACUGGUUGAAGAUUGUAAGACGCAUGGAUUGUCUGUUGUUUGGGACAACGAUAAAGAACAAGAGCCGUAUGUUCCGGGUACAGUUCAGUGGAGGCUCAAAGGAGCAGGCGCUGGAACACUGCUGCAGCUGUGUGCAGAACCUGGCCCAGUACAUACCCGUCCAGGUGCCCGACGGAGCCAGCCAGGAGCUCAGGCCAAGUCCUGGCUCCCCGAGAGCAGGUGGAAGCCAAGGGAAGGAUGCUGCACAGAGCAUCCCACCACAGCCUGGGGGUUCAUUGGUCAGCUGUCGGAUUCAGAUUUUAGUGCCCAGUGCAUGGGGAUGCAACAGGACCCUAAUAGGGGCCCAGAAUUUGGGCACUAGGUCUGGAAUGCCUUGCAAGUCACAGCAGAACCUGGAGCAGCAGCUGAGGGUACCAGCCAGCACAAGCACUCCAGGAGGAAGGAUCUCAGUGACCUGGUUAGCUCAGUCUCUCCUGGCAUCAGAGAAGCUGCCCCUUGUCUAUGAACAAUCUCCAUGGAAUGCGGAAGAGUUAGGCUCCUUCCUACGCUUAUGCCUCAUGGAUCAGAAUUUCCCAGCAUUUGUGGAAGAGGUGGAAAAGGAACUAAAAAAGCUGUUGGGGCUGAGCGGUUAACAUUCUAUGUACAUGCAGAACUGAGGAACUUGAAAGCACUGAGAUAAAAAAAAAAAGCUCCCUCCUCGGAAAAGAUAUCAGAAUAAAGAAUAUUAUUCCAACACCUUUUAUCAAUGUUUUAUUUUUAAAAACAGGUGAAUCCACUUUUUUAUACAUCAUUGCACUUCAACAAUUACACAAAACACAAGUACAUGCAUCUACCAUUACGCACCGCAUGAGAACCCUGUCGGGUGAGAAAAUCUACACUCAACCAUUAAAUCAAUGAAAAAAUACAGUGUCAACCCCAGAGUAUAACUAGUUGCAUAGAAUACCAUGCUAUAACAUUUCAAGGUCAUUUAAACAAAAGGUAAAUUAUAAAAGUUUGCCUUAAUCGAAUGUACAAUAAGGUUCAACACAUCAGUGCAAAAGGAUUUAAGAAUUUACAUGAUUUAAGAAAAGAAAUCACUUAAAAAGCAAUCAUACAUAUAUACUGCAAUUCAUUAUAUCCAUUCAGUGGACUGUUCCAGCUUUUUAUCAAAGGUCAUAGGUUAAGCCCUUAAAAUUAAAAUUUCAGUUUAUAUUACUCAUCUUCAUGUACCAGAACUGCACAAAUUCCUCAUCUGACAACAUACAAUAAGGAAUGAGUAUCAGCAGCUUAAAAAUGAAACAAGCAUUUAUUUUAUUUUGGAUCUCUCCCACCCCCAAAAAUAUAAAUAUAUAUUUAUAUAUUUAUAUACUGUAUAUAUCUGUAGGUUUUGCUGUACUUUACAAAAAUGUAUCACUAGAUGGCAGCAGUGCAUUUUAGAGCUUUGCCAAUUUAACAGCUGCAUUAAGUAAAAAAUGGCGCAUGCACGAUCUGAUCCUCAGAGGACCUUUUCACUUCUAUUUAAAUAUUUUAACAAAGGGGGAAAAAGCAACAUUCACAGCACAUCAAGCCCAAAAUAGUUUACACCUUCUACACUGAAGCAUUGUUUAAAAUGUACCUGGCUAGGUCACCCUUACAGGAGAGGCUAAAUAAGGCAUGCUUUAGACAGUCGUCGUGGUGCUGCUCACUUGAAAGGGGAAAGAACCAAAGAGGUCCAAGCAGAAAAUUUAGCAGGUCAUGUUGCCACCAGUUUCAGGAACCUAAAGAUCUGUGAAGAAAAGACACUUAGAAAUUAAAAGGGAACAUGCACUGAUAACUUAAGACUACAUCCAUCAAGUGCCAUGGUGAAACAAAGCUUUGGUUCAAACAGCAUGCUCAGGGAUGUGGUGUGAAAUUCUGAUCUCCAUGUGCCUAACUGGAAGGCACUCCAGCCCAGCUGUGUGUGGCCACAAUCCCAGCCUUGCCCUCAGAAGCAAAGUGGGACCAGGUGGACUCUGGGAAUAAUCCACCUAAGAAGGUGAUGAUUUUUACCUCUUUCUAAAGAUACAAGUAAGCAAUGAUGCAGAGUAUUUAUUUCAAAACCAUACAUACUCUGAAAUAGCGUUUAUAUAAAUACAUGAAACCACAGAAUGUUCCUUUCCAGCUGCUGCUUUGAACAGACAGAACUUAUUCCCUCAGUAUCAGCUGCUCUGAAAUGAACUAAAAGACCUUGCAACAUAACAUCAACUACUGAAGAAUUCAUAACAAGGUCAAUGAGGCACAUUCAUUUGAGCAAUUUUUUUAAACUUCUAAAGAAGGCGAUACUUACAUUAUAAGAAGUACUUAAUUUGUGUUUCUCUGGCGCAAGUUUUUAUCUUUGUGAUUGUUGGUAGAGUUGGUUUUCCUUUGGAGGAAAAAUUGCAUUACAAGAGUUAAACUCAAGGUCAGCAGCAACUUUUGAAACUAUCACACAUGGAAAUGCAGGGAUUCUUUCACUGACUGCCAUCCCUGGUGUAGUAACAAAUUUUACUGCACAACAUUAAUGCAUAAAAAUAUUCCUUCUGUAAAGUGUCUACACACCUUACAUUAAUAGAUGUUUUUGACUCCCAAGGCAGAUAAUAAACAGGUAACUUUCCCUCUGAUUUAUAAAAUACAAUCUAAUUACUCUUAAGGUGGAAUGGUAGUUUUCUCUCUACUGAAUACCACCGUCUGUCUCUUCUCAAAUAAUAAAAUAUACCCAAUUAUAUACAGGCAGUGCUGUGCCCUCCGGCACUUAACUAAUUUUGGCACUGCUUGCCUACCUCUGAUUUCUUAAUCCUCAACUCCAGGAAAUCCUGCUCAUCUCGGACUGAUUGAAAAUUUGCAGUUGUCUCUCUCUUAGAUACACGCAAUUAUAAGAGCCAGACAGUUUGCCCAUGCUAUAGUCUAGCUUGAAAUUAACUUUAACAACAUCUAGUCUUGUACGUGGUCAUUUUCCCCACGUUAUCAAUUUAAGUAUAUGGGAUGUACCCAAUUUUUAACUUUUUUGGCAUGGUUUCCACUUUAUAUUGCCACUGAAAACAAAACUGUACAAUCUGUCCUGGGAAUCAAAUGGACGUCAGUCAGCUCCAUAUCUGGCUAUGAAAUCUACACCGCAACUUUCAUUUCCCCUCACUGUCUUCCCCUACAACCUCAGCUAUUCCCUUUGAUAAAACUGCAAACACAAAAUAGCCAGAAACUACUGAAUCAUUGUCCAAUAAAGUACUUACAUUGGCCCAGCUGGUUCAUCAUCUACAGAGGUGUUCAAUUUUUUAAUCCACGGAGAGACAGAAGAAGAAAGGAAAAAAUUAUGAGACUCUGCAUAAGGAUUAAUAAUACAGCAAACGGCAAGUGGCAAACAUGGCUAUUUAUAGCGUUUAUUCAAGGCCAUUCCGUCUGGAGGUGCAAAACACUCAUGGAGUUAUUAUUUCCAGAUUCAAGUUUUUAAUGGCAGGUAUGCUGUUUCAAUGGUUUUAGUUAACACUUUGAAUGCUUGUCAUGAAAAACUGCAACUGUAGCGGACAGAUAGGCUGCAAUAUCAUCAUACUCAUCUUGUCCCCAAGUUCCAGUGGUUCACUCUUAAAUAGAUGAGAAGACAAACCAACAUUUCAGUUGUAAAAUCCUGCUGUUUGUUUUCUGUGGUGAAUGCAUGCAUAGUUUUGGCUCAGUCCUGCAAUGUAGAUGGAUGUGUAUGUUCUACACAUUUAGCCACACAUCCUCACUUCCCCAAAGGACACUGUUCUUGCUGUUUUGUAAUCUUUAGGAGAGUCUUUACUCUGGAGGAUGAGACAGAAGAAGCCACAAUAAUUCAACCUACUACUGGCUCAGUCAGGCUGGGUUAUGCCAGCAACAAGUGUAUGCGUACCAGAGGAUGUUCUGUGACAGACCAGGCAAAGUUGAAUAGUCCCUCUAGCAAAGACUUCAGAUAGAAAGACACGCUCACUCUUGUGCUCAAAACCAGAACAUGAGCCCAGAUGAGCCACGAACUAUCUUUUUUGGUUUGGUUUUGUUUUUUAAUCAAAAAGCUAACAUCUGAGUUUAGGUGCUUCCUUAAAUUGGUACUUUAUGAUUCUGAUUUAUAAGUUUUUCUUUCCUGUUUCAACUAAGAACAACUUGGUCCCCUUUAAUCCGGGAGAUACAUGUAUAUGUGUGUGUGUACCACACACACACACACACACACACACACACACAUUUUUCUUUUUAUAAGGCCCUCAGGGGAGGGAACAAGUAAGUGCUCUUAGUUUCUUUUUAUUUUACAGAAGUCAAGUAUGCUAAAUGAUUCAGAACUGACGGCUUCUAGAAAAACGCUCAGCAGGAUUCCACAAGGGGACUUGGUGCACAUGAAGCAGUUAUGGAGGUUACAGUCUCGGUGGAGGCAUCUGCAGGAGCACACGUCAGGAGUAAUGUCUGUCAAAGGGAGACAUUGCUCCACCUGGUCCUUGGAGGCAACGGAGAGGCAAAGCCACCGCCAGCACACACAGUGACUGGAGCAAAAAAAGAUUUCAAAAACAAAAACAAAAAACAAAAAAACAGAAACAGAAACAAAACUAACCACAAACCAAUGACUUAUCAGCCAAAACAACAGGCUAGUAACACACCAGUGUCCACAGAAUUCUACUACUGACAAGAGUACACUAUCAAACAGAACAGAGAACUAAGACUUGAGGACACCCGAGACAUCUAUGUGCUGUGUACAGAGUGGAGAUAAAGACGUAUCAGGUACUGAGACACAGGAGCCCAGCCUAAUCCUCCCUCACCUCAGCACCCUGACGCUCUCAGCAUGCCGGCCAAGCCAGCUCAGCUACAUGCUAGAAACUAAGCACUUCAGAGACUUAACAGGAAAGACACAGGAGCAGACUUAGAAUAUUUUUAGUGCUCUGGCUGUGCACCCGAAAAUACAAAUUCUAAAGCAAGAUAGCUGAUUCAAGAAUGCCACCAAUCUACUCCCAACUCUAAGAGAAAAAGCAAGGGAGAGGGGAUCGCAAUAGCCAAGCUAAUCUUUUCCAAGCAUGACGCUGUCAGCACCAACCCAAGCAUUUCACACCACAAGCUUCUUUCUUCAAUAGUGGGGGUUUACGUAUGCCCUGGCAUCUAGGAAUGUCAGUUUCCAGCCCAACAAGCCAGUAACGUGCAAAGGGCUGCAUGUAGGGGUUUUCAGCAACAGUGGCCCUGAUGUCGCCGCCAUGCCUGCAAGUGGGAGCAGAUGCUGUUCACACUAGUGUCUAACAUCUCACGAGCCCCUUCAUCUCUUUCCCCAAAUCCACUUUCACAUUUAUAAGGAACAAAGAAAAGAGCCUCAUGUCUCCCACUUCCCUGGACUGAAUCACUUUCUGCAACACCACUCUCUCUUGACAGGUCAAACAAAAUAACAACUUGACCUCUAACAGGGGAAUCAGGAGAGAGGGAAAGAACAGAACUACAGAAAAAAGGUACAAAAAUCAAAGUAAAUGAGGAUUAAACAGCAAACUGAAAUCCAAAUUAGUUGUGAAAGUGAAUGAAGUAAACUUGAAGAAAAGUGUUAACAUUAUGAACUGUGCAUCGUAUAGACUGAAGCGGAGAUUAAACAAACUCCAAAAGCAUGCAUAUCGCUCACUUACCACCAUGUUUUAAGGGUUUGAUGCAAUUGAGGGGGGAAAAAAAAGAAGUCAUAGUAACCGACAAAUAUCAACAUAGCCCCAAACCCUCAGGCCAAAAGGCAGCCGCUUAAACAAUGACUGUUCUCUCCAGCUGCGUAUUACUCACAGCCACUGACUAGAUGAGAGGAAGAGAGCUGGGGGAGAGUGGAAACAAGAUGCUUCUGGAAUCCUUCUUAUUAGUGAAGCUCCUGGUGGAACUGUGGCUCACACCGAUUCAGCUGAGUGUUGUCUUUCCCACCAACUGCACUGGAACCCUCACACCCCUAUGCAACCUCAGAAUCUGGAAGGGUGCUCUGUGAUGCCUAAUAAAUAACAGAUUACCUGAUACAAUACCACCUCCAAAAAAAAAAAAAAAAAAAAAAAAAAAAAAAAA